AUGGCCACACAAAAUUAUCUCAGAUCGAGUACGGGCGCCCCCGAAGCGUGCCUCGAGGCUCCUAUUGAUCGCACGGCAAAACAGCUGGCCCGCUCUCAUGCCGUAGCACGCGGGCUCCAUAAUAAACGAAAGCUUGAGCAAAAGGCAGGCGUCAAUUUCCAUGCAUUCUCUCCCGAAAAUGGCCAGAGACAGACAAGGAGUUCAAAUAAAAAAGAGCGGGUCAAUAUUUGUUCAAAACAUGGAGAUUCUCUUACCUGUGCGGUCGAUUUGCUCCGAAUGCUUGCUGCAGAGUGGCCAAAACAAGAGCCAUUAAAUCAACGUAAGAUCCGCAGACUUCUCCAAAAUAAACCGUCCCUGGGAUAUUCUGGCCCUAAAUUUUUCGUUAUAGAGUCUGAUCAGCAAGCUAUCCAGCCAAUUUUCAGUGUCUCGGAUGAGCUGGUACUCCGAAACUUCCACUCUGUUCUUCAAAAUGGGUUGGAAGACCAUGCAUUGCUGAGUGCGGUCAUGCUCACAUUUUCAUUUCCAUCUACUGCAAGGAGUUUAGAUCAGCAAAGCCUUAAAUAUCAGAGUCAAUCAAUGAGCUAUAUACGCGACAGAAUGAGCUGUCCAGAUAAGGCCACCACUGAGCCCACGUUAGGAGCCAUUCUACUACUUGCCCGAAUAGAGGCUCUAAUGGGGAUACCUCAUCAUGUUCAACUUCACAUGGGCGCAAUCAAGGAGAUUCUCGGCGUAUGUCAAAGACUAGGUGUCUAUCUGAGCGACGGUAUCAAGCGUGCAAUCUUUUGGUGA